AUGGAUCGUUCACCGUCUUCGAAAAGUUUUACGGAGUUACCGAAGGACCUCAAUUCCGUUUCGGGCAGCAGUAAUCUGAAGGAUGAGAUGAACCACGGCAAAAUGCCAACAGAGAGAAGGGUAUUAUUUGUUAAGGAUAAGAUAAAAACCACAGAUAUUCAACAAGAAAAAGAAAAGGAAGAACAAGGACGGGGUUUUGGUUCCCCAUCUAAGGCUGUAGAAUCACUGGAACAACACUACACUAGAGCUGUACAGCAACUUGAGUCAUUAAAAGAAAUGUACGAUCGUCUGGAUACACAUAAUGAUGAUUUGGAAGAUAAUUUCAUGCUACUACGCACACGUCUGGAUGCCCUUCGUGCAGUACUUGUGAACCGUCUUAGCAGAGCUGCGAGAGAAUUACGUAGUGAAGUACAUUUACUGCGAGAAACGGUGUCUUUUCUCAUGCAGGACUUUGCAAGUGAUAUGCAAUGGUAUCAACAACAAAUUCUAAACCGUCUGCAGUUCACAACACCUACGGAGAAAAAAAAUAAGUCAUCACUGUUAUUGCCCUUUGCGACAUUCCAGCCUACACAUACACCCACUGGGUCAGCUAUUGGGAUAACGGCUAAUAAGGAAGAUACGUCCAACAGUUGGGAUUCACCAAUGCGGUGGCGUGAAGAAAUUGUGCAUAAUUCUCAACAACUCGCAUUACAAGCUCCUCCAACAACAAAUUCAGGAAAGGGAGGAGUUCAACAAAGUGAUACGACGGGAUUUCAGGAGGCUCUUGAGCAGUCAAAGAAGCAACAAGCAGAGCUUGAACAAAAACUAGCUCAACAACGUAAGAGUCAUGAGGAACAUAUGCGUAGUAUGAAGGCACUAUAUGCACAGAAGGAAUCUACGCUAGAACAUCGUGUGAAAUUACUUGAACACUUUCUGAAACGUGAAGGCAAGAACGCACACCUUCUCCUUGAUGAUAGUAUGAACUCACGGACAUCAUCCGAACACCGCAAAAACAGUGGCAGUAGUAGUAGCAGUAGCAGUAGUAGUACUAGCAGUGAAAGCGAUAGCAGCAGUAGUAGUACCACCAAAAAGAAAAGUAAAAAAAGAACGAAGGGAGGGAAAAAGAAGGAUGCCGUUAGUGCGUGGUCGAGCGCAAGUGAUGCUCUCAAGCGAUCUAAACAUAAAUCACGUGCCUCUGAUCAUCCUGCUGGCCACAGCAAGACCAAAAGAAAAGAAUUGGAAAAACGGGAAAAGGAAAUGAUGCGACGUUACAAGGACGACGUCUCUUCACACGAUGAAGAGAGUAGCAGUGAACACUCAAGUGAUACUGCAAGAGGGGAGCGCUCCUAUCGUCGUCCUCACAGUCGAAGUCGUCGUCGUCGUCGUCGUCAUGAUGAAAAUCAUCGAGAAGAAGACUUCUCACCUUCUGAUAUGUGGAAUGAUGACCCGUUGAAACAGUCAACACGAUAUCGAGAUGUGGAACGCCGUGUACGGGCGCAAAUAGUACACGGCAAUCAAAGAAGUAAAAGAAGAAAUGGAUCGCCGCAAACGGAGUAUCGCCUUCGUCCUAAUCCCUCAACAAAACGUGAGGAGAAGGAGUUGGCAGUGGCCGCCUCUCGUCUUUUAAACGCCGUCAGUGGGGCAUAUCAAACAGAGUCCAUGCGGCAAAGACUGAAGGAGGAACAACAACAACAACAAGAGCGGUAUGGUCGUUACCACGCAGAUGAGGAAGAUGUGUCGAAUAGACUUUAUUAUCUGCGGCGAACACCACCGCAGCGUCCAGUGACGAUUACGUAUCUCGCGCCUGUGCCGAAGAGCGGCGCGGUGCCCCGACCGGAUGCCUUGUCGGAUGUAUCGACGGUGGCCCGUGGUUUGUGGGCGGAGAAGUUGUUGCUGCAGCGAUCUGGACGAUAG